AUGCUAUUAUUUCAGUUCAUCUACAAUAAAUUGAGCAACGUAAACCCUAAUCACAAUCUGCCGACUCUGGACGACAAGGGGUUUGUUUUGGUGGAAAGCCGGGCAAUAAUGCAAUACCUGUGCAAUCAGUACCGGCCGGACAGCACUCUAUACCCGCGCGAGCCUAAGGCCCGGGCGCUCGUCGACCGGUGGCUUAACUUUGAUGUCACACUAAUGGAGUCAUCCAAACAGGGAGUGUUAUGGAAACUGUUGACGGGUGCGGACCCGCCACCAGAAAAAGUGUUGGCCUUUAAAAACAAUCUGAAACUGUUUGACCAGUUGUUGGGCGACAAUCAUUACGCCACCGGCGCUGAGCACUUGACUAUUGCUGACCUGACACUACUGGCCUCAACUGCCGUAUUGUUGGCCAUACAAUACGAUUUAAGCGACUGUCCAAACGUCGAGCGCUACCUAAACACGUUGUCUAAUGAGUUGCCAUAUUAUGCCAUGAUCAAUUUGAAACAAUAUUCACUCGAAGCUACGGCAAAAUGGGUGGUCAAUAGUCAA